CAGAACCAAUGGAUUUGUAUGACGUCAUCGUAGUGGGGGCUGGUAUUGAGGGUUCCUCCACAGCAUACCAUUUGGCAAAACAUGGGAAGAAAACGCUGUUGUUAGAACAGUUUCCACUGCCUCACUCGCGUGGGAGUUCCCACGGCCAGAGCAGGAUCACGAGGAAGGCGUACGGGGAGAUGGAACAUUACACGCUGAUGAUGAAGGAGUCGUACAAUCUAUGGGAAACUCUGGAGAAGGAGUCAGGACGAAAAAUCUUUAAGCAAACGGGAAUGUUGACAAUGGGGUCAGCAGACGACAGGUUUACCAUGGGAACGAUCCGAUGUCUGCAACGUCAUGCUAUCCCACACACCGUACUGAACUACAAUCAAAUGAAGCAAACGUACCCUAUGGUAGAAUUUCCAAAGGAUUUUACGUUUGUAGUCGAUAAGAGUGGGGGUAUUUUAAUGGCGGACAAGGCUCUGAUGGCAUAUCACGACAUGUUCCGUCGUUACGGUGGGACAAUCAGAGAUGGGGAGGAAGUGUUGGAGGUAAUUCCGGGAGAUAGGGUGGAGUUACGGACCGCUACCAAUAGAUACAGAGCAGGAUCGGUCGUUCUGGCAGUAGGAGCGUGGGCAACAAAACUGCUACCCAAACUUCAAGUUCACCUGCCAAUAAAGGUCAUGAGGAUUAAUGUCCUCUACUGGAAAGAGAAGGUCAGUGGUAGAUACGGUCCUGACAAGUUCCCUGUGUUCCUACAAGAGAAUGCUUAUAGUGGUUUUACAGUUUAUGGUCUGCCUAGUGAGGAAUACCCAGGACUCGUCAAGAUUUGCCUCCAUUGUGGACCGGAAGUAGAUCCUGACACUAGAGACAAGGCCGAUGACACGUGGGUGAUUAAUACGAUGAAGAAAUACAUAUCAAAACAUUUUCCGGACCUAGAACCAGAGCCAGCUAUAUCUGAAACAUGCAUGUACACGUGGUCUGAAGAUGAAAAUUUCAUCCUUGAUCACCAUCCUGCCUGGAGAAACAUUGUCAUCGGUGCUGGAUUCUCGGGUCAUGGAUUUAAGUUGGCUCCAGUAGUUGGGAAAGUUCUGGCAGAGUUAGCCACAAAUAAACCACCUUCAUACGACAUGUCGCCAUUUAAAGCUCAACGAUUUCGUCACAAUGCUAAAUUAUAAUGUCUUCCAUGUAAUGUAAUCUGAAGAAAUAAAUAACAUUGUUAAGUCAUUAAUCGAUGCUAUUAAAGUUAUGAUUUAUGUUAAUUUCAAUUACAAUUAUAUAUACGUACUGUUGUGUAUGUCUUCUGUUUUUUCUGUUGAGAGAAAAUGUUCAUGAUUGAUAUCAAAUGUUAACUGAAAAUAAAUAAAUA